UGUGGGGCUCAUGCAGCUGGUAUUCCAUCCUCAACUCUUCUUGAGCUGCUCACACUAGCUGCACGCGCGCUCCUGUCCACCUCCGUCCCUGUGCCGCAGUCUCCGUCUCUGUCUCCAUCUCUGUCCGGAUUUACUUCCCUAUUUUCCCGCUGCUGUCAGACACACGACCGGAGCAACCAUGGAGGCCAUCAAGAAGAAGAUGCAGAUGCUGAAGCUGGAUAAGGAGAACGCGAUAGACCGGGCAGAACAGGCUGAGGGGGACAAGAAGGGAGCAGAGGACAAAUGCAAACAGCUGGAGGAGGAGCUGCUGGGUCUGCAGAAGAAGCUGAAAGGUGUGGAGGAUGAGCUGGACAAAUACUCGGAGUCGUUGAAGGAUGCCCAGGAGAAGCUGGAGCAGGCGGAGAAGAAGGCAACAGAUGCUGAGGCAGAAGUGGCUUCUCUAAACAGACGUAUCCAGCUGGUGGAGGAGGAGUUGGACCGCGCUCAGGAGAGACUGGCGACGGCUCUGCAGAAGCUGGAGGAGGCGGAGAAGGCAGCAGAUGAGAGCGAGAGAGGAAUGAAGGUCAUAGAAAACAGAGCAUCAAAAGACGAGGAGAAAAUGGAGAUCCAGGAGAUGCAACUGAAGGAGGCCAAACACAUCGCUGAGGAGGCCGACCGCAAAUAUGAAGAGGUUGCCCGUAAGCUGGUGAUCCUGGAGGGCGAUCUGGAGCGCUCAGAGGAGCGUGCUGAGGUGGCUGAGGCUAAAUCAGGUGACCUUGAGGAAGAGUUGAAAAAUGUCACCAACAACUUGAAGUCUCUGGAAGCCCAGGCUGAGAAGUAUACACAAAAGGAGGACAAAUAUGAAGAAGAGAUUAAAGUUCUUAGUGACAAACUGAAAGAGGCGGAGACUCGUGCAGAGUUUGCAGAGCGGUCUGUGGCCAAGCUGGAGAAGACCAUCGACGAUUUGGAAGAGAAACUGACCCAGGCCAAAGAGGAGAACCUGGACAUGCACCAGGUGUUGGACCAAACCCUCCUGGAGCUCAACAAUCUAUAGAGCUCUCCUCAGCUCCCAGCACACCACAUCAGAUGUGACGAUUGGUUCAGAACUAGAUCUAUGGAGCCCCUACCAAGUGUCUUUAUGCAAACUAAGAGCUAUUUUGUGUGCAUUAGAAACUGUUGGAGGUCAUCAGAAGGAUCCUGUCAUCAAUAAAAAAGGUUGUGUGUGCACGUGGAAGUCAUAGCAAACAAUAACAUCAAGAGAAGUUGUUGCUUAACAAUUGUUUUGACCAAAACAUGACACAGCAGUUCUAAGUCAGUAAUGAUAAAAACAUGAUAGUUGCUAGUACACACAAAUGACAUUUCUCCUUUACCCAACAGUUUCUGAUGUGCACUUGAAAACGUAUUUGUUGUCUUUCUAUUGGUUGAUAAAGUGUGUUACAGAUAUGUCCCAGAUAUGUCAAAGACGUACACUAACUCUCAUACGACCUUCCUUACCAAUUUUGGGGCAAUACAAUUGUAUUAUGUUAAAAAAAAACACACAUUUUAGGCAGUUAUUUAGGUCAUUUUUAGGCAAGUCAGCAUUAGAGUUAUUUUCCAAAUACACCAAAAUAGAGGAAAUGUGUGUGAGACUGUUUUUAAAUGCUAAAAGCUGAAUUGAAUAAAGAGUUGGGAGCUGUAA